UCGAGAAAGAGCAAAAUGGCCGAAACUCGUUGGACAGCGACAGACGUCCCGUGAAAUAUGCGUAAUGUUGAGCGGUCAUCGUUGUAAAUAAACAUUAAAGUGGCAGUGUCGUAAUCAUAGCAGUGAUCAGUGGCAGUGUAUGGUCUCUUUACAUGAGUGUUAAUCCCGUGCUAAUACUAAUACAGUGAAAGAGUUGUGUUAGUUUAGUGUUUUGUACCUUGUUUUUAAGAAAAACUUCGCUCUGACUUCAGUUUUGGAUUUAUGUUUACUUGAACUCGGUGAUGCUGGGCGGGUCGGGGCCGGGGCCUGGGGGAGGGGGCGGGGGCGGGGGCGAGCCGGGCGCAGGAGAGUUGCUCACCGUCACCGUGGUGCGCGACGAGCACGGCUACGGCAUGAAAGUUUCCGGUGACAACCCCGUUUACGUGCAGUCAGUCAAAGAGCACGGGGCAGCGUGGCGCGCUGGCUUGCGCGCCGGCGACCGCAUUCUCUGUGUGGAUUCAGUCCACGUGUACCAACAUACGCACCAGCAGGUCGUGCACAUGAUACGAGCGAAACCAACAACAGUGCUGACUGUCCAGCAGAACAGCUCGCGGACCAAGAUGCCCAUCACUGCGCCACUCCCCGUCAAUCCGGAGAACCAGCGUCAGCUGGAGGAGUCGAAGGUGCUCACGAUGAGGCUCAUGCUGCAGAAAGAGCAGAAAUACAUCAGGGAGCUGCGAAAUGAAGUGCAGAAAGUACCAGAUGUAAGGAAGCAGGCGCAGUUAGAGGCGGCCAUACAGAGGUGCUCCAAACUGCAACACGAAAUUGACACCGUCAUGGCGGCGCAGACGGACAGUCGCGGCGCGCCAGUGUUGCACGCACGCAGCCAGUCCUCGCCGGAACAGCUGGAGCAUGAUCUGUCCAGGACGAGCACGGAGGGCGGGGCGUGUCCGGAGCGCGCGUGGGAGCCGCCCGGCACGCCGCCCCCGCCCUACGCACACAAUACCCAGCCGUGUGUGGACCCACAAAGAGCUAUCAUAUCGAUGGAAGAAGAUGACCCGCCGACAUCAGUGAAUUCAAGUAGUUCUGGCCUGUUCUCCAAUCUCCGUUCAGUCAGAGAUUCAAGAGCUAGGAUGGCCGUCUUGCUCAACUGGCUCAUCGGCGAGAGAAGAUGUCCGUACGCGUGGCUGGUGCUGGUGCUGACGGAGCAGUUCCGCACCGCCGCCGUGCCCGCCGCCACGCUGCGCCGCUGGGCAUACGAGAUACAGUCCUCCUUCCUCAUGCCGCACGCGGUGUUGCAGCUGAAUGGUGUGGACGAGCACAUGGCCAAUGAGAUAGAUCACGUCUUGUUAUACGAGCAUCACAAGGAGGAGGUGCUGCGCAAUGUGUUCCGCAAGGCGCGCGCCAAGGCCAAGGAGGAGCUGGCGGCGCAGCUGCGCGACUUCCAGCUCAAGCGGCAGGUCGGGCUCGGCGCACUCUACGGCCCUGACGAUGCCGUGCUCGACAAGUGCACCGUGGACAAGGCGCAGGAGCAGGUGGUGGUGGAGCGGCUGCUGUACGAGGUGAUCCGCGCGGUGUGCAGCGAGGGCGCGGUGGGGGGUGCGGGUGGUGGUGGUGGUGGGUGCGCGCCCCCCUUGCCGGGCGGGUCGUCCCCCCCCGCGCAGCGCGCCCUGCUGGCCGCGCUCGCAGCUGCAGCCUGCAGCAUGGACUGCAGGCCGGCGGCGGUGGCGGCGGCGGGGCAGGCCGCGGGCGCGCGCGAGUCCUUCCUGCUGCGGGACAAGCUGUACAAGCAGCGCCUCAAGCACAUCGCCAAGCAACGCCCGCAGCCGUACGUGGUGCGCGGACACCAGCUGCAGCUGCAGGCGCUGACGUCGGUGGCGCACUGCCACCACUGCGACCUCGUCAUCUGGGGCCUCGCGCCGCAAGCCUACGUCUGCGCCAACUGCAAGCUGCGCGUGCACCGCGAGUGCGGCAAGGCGGUGGAGGAGGGCUGCGUGCUGGACGGCGAGGCGCACAACAACAGGAUCUCGCGCUUCAUGGAGCGCAUACAUCCCAACAACAUGCCCGGUCAGGACACAGCAGAUAAGAAGUCUCGCAAGGCAUCCGCAAACUCACACUUUCUCAACGUGGAGCGGAGCUUCAGGAAAAUGGAGGACGAGACCACCUGGGAGCAGACUCUCACGCCCGCGCCCCUCAUAGGCGAGUCCCGGCGAGAGGGAUCAACAGAGGAGCCGAGCGCGCCCGAAGCGGACGCGGACUCCGCGGACACCGCCAAAGAACAACCUGACAAGGAGCACAAUUGGCGCGGGGGAGGUGGAGGGCGCGGCGUGAAUCGUGCGGAGAGCUGCCGGGAGCGAGACGCGCCGCGCCGCGGGAAACAUCGCAACGCGUCAGACCCCAACCGCCUCACCGCGCACCACAAUCAUGACCUGGAGCCGGGCACGCCGACAGCGCCCUCUGGCAGCUCCAGCAGUUCCAGUUUAUCUUCUAGAAGUAACGAGAGUAACACGGUCGCCGCUGACCAACAAGCUUCCCCGUCAGACCUGUCGGAGGAGGAGGAGCCGCUGGCGGCGCAGUGGGCGGACAGCCUGCCGCCGCACCUGCUCGACACCCUGCUGCUCUCCGCCAGGCUGAGGAAGCGCCAGGAGGUCAUACAUGAGCUGAUCGUGUCGGAGGGGUCGCACGUGCGCUGGCUGAAGGUGCUGGACACGGUGUUCCACCGUCCGCUGCUGCGCGCGCCGGCCUUGCUUGCGGCCGAGGACGUGCGCGCGCUCUUCCCCAACCUGCAGCAGGUGCGCGAGCGUCACGCGCGCCUCUACGCCGAGCUGCGCGCCGCGCGCAACCACGCGCCCGACCACAUCGUGCAGAUACAGCCCGUCGCCCAGGCGCUGCUCAACACGCUGGGCGAGGCGGGGUACGCGGGCUGUCUGGCGCGCUUCUGUCGCGGGCAGCGGCUGGCGCUGGAGGCGCUGCGCGAGCGCCGCCGCAAGCACAAGGAGCUACACCAGUUCCUCUGCGGCCGCGAGCAGCUGCCGCUGUGCGGCCGACUGCAGCUGCGCGACCUGCUCGCCUGCGUCUGGCAGAGGUUAACAAAGUACCAGCUGCUGCUGGAGAGCGUGCUGAAGACUGUGAGCGAGGAGGGAGGGGAGGGCGUGCCGGAGGGCGGGGCGGCGGAGGGGUCGGAGGCGGGAGGUGCGGCGGCGGCGAGGCGCGCGCUGGCUGUGGCCAAGGACGUGCUGCACACUGUCGACACCGCCAUACGUACUGCUGAGAACGAGCACAGACUGCGCAGUAUCCAGAGCAAGCUGGAGGUGCGCGCGGGCAGCGGGCCCGAGUGGGAGGAGCUGCGCCGGCUGGACCUCACCACCAGGUCCCUGCGUCUGGAGGGAGACCUGGCCCUCCGCAACGACUCCUCCAAGAGGGUCAAUGUGCUGGCGCUGAUGCUGUCGGACUGCCUGGUGCUGCUGCAGCGCGAGGGCGAGCGCUUCGUGCUGCGCCCCAUCAGCCAGCCCAGCCAGCAGGGACCGCUCUCGCCCCUCAUCAAGUGGGACAAGGUGCUGUUCCGACCUAACGCUGCUGUACGCAACACCUUCUUCCUCAUGAACAUCAACGGUGUGCAGAUGCACGAGCUCUCCGCCAACACCGCCGCUGAGUACGCCACAUGGGUGAAGCACAUCCAGCAGGCGCCGCUGGCCACGCUCACGGAGCUGAAGCCGCUCGUCGCCCACCACCACUCGCGCUCCAACGACGACUCCGGUAUAAACGUGUCAAGGAAUCCAUCCGACGCGUCCGAGAAGUCGUCAUCCACUGCGCCCGACGAGGACCGCGACACUGACCAUCCCGAGCGUGACACCGACCACCCCGAGCGUGACGCCGAGCGUGACGUCGAGCACGCCGAGCACGACCCGCCCGAGCCCGAGCACGCCGAGCACGCCGGCGAGCGGGACCGCACUUCCACCGAGAGACUCGACCACGACAGAGACGAGAAGAGAGACGACAUCGCCAGAGAUGGAGACUCGGACGACUCCAACAGACAGCGGCGGGCCACUGUGGGGCGCAUCAGCACGCACUGCGGGGAGCUGCUGCCCGCGCUGGCCGGCCGGGACGCGCUCACCGUGCGCGACCCCCCCGCGCGCGCCCUCGUGCACACCGCGCGCCGCGCCCUCACGCACCAGGAACGUCUGCGGCGGCUGGACGAGGUGAUCAGCCGCGCUCUGCGCGCCAAGAGCAGCAUCGUGGGCGAGCUGCUGGGCGUGCCCGCAGAAAGCUACGCCCAGGUCGCCGACCUCGCUGUCGCCGAAACCCUCGGACAAGUCGACAUGUCGGACAUGGAGCCGGCGGGGGCGCAGGCGGAGGGUGAGGUGGACAUCCACCAGCUGCUGCUCGCCGCGCACGAGCAGGCGAACCAACUGACGGAGCUGCUGGCGAAGGCGCUGACGGUGGACGAGUCGAGCGCUAUGGCGGCGCGGAGCGGGCGCUGCGACACGUGCCGCCGCGCCCCGCCCCUCGCACACACGCGCCCCGCCCACAACGCGCUCCCGCACUCUCACGACGCUGACGCAAGCGCUCCAAAUUACGAAGACUUGGAGGAGUCGAGCGAUCGACCCGAUGAGCUAUCCGAGCUGGAGGCCUGCUUGCGCUCCUCGGAGCAGGGCGAGGGUGACGAGGGAGUGUACGACCUGCUGCUGCCGCCCAGCGCGCCCCCGACCACGCCCGCACCCACCGCACCGCCCGCGCCGACCGCUCCGCCCGCUGUACCGCCCAGGGAGCCCGCAGAGCCGCCCUUUGGUGAGUUACGCUGCUUUCUCACGGUUGCUUUACGUAUUAACUAG